AUGCGAGGUAUCAUAGAGCAGCUUAGAGCCGAGGUAGCGGAGCUCAAGAAAAGUAGCAAUUCACAUGCGCAACCCAGCGUCAUAGUCACAGAUUCCCCACAGCCUAUGGAGGUCCCGGUGGGCGCGGAUGAGACAUCAUCGGGCCACCCCGCCAAGAGGAGAGCGGUUUCAAGCAACGCGGACAGUGCGGCCAACAGAGCGAAAUCCGAAAUAAGAGAAGUUUUAAACAGCCUCAGCACUGAUAUUAAGCAACUCGGCGAGCAGCUAAGCAGUUUCCGCGCAGGUGUGGCGCAACACUUCGCGGCCAUGAACGCUAGGAUCGAGAAUCUCGAGUUGCAAGUCAAAGGCGUGCCAGAGGCUACGUCGCGCCCGGUCGUGGACGGCAACGCGCCACCACGCGUCGCCAGUGCGAACUACCCCCACGACACGGCUAAGGGUAGAAGCCUGUGGCAGAAAACGAGUGAUUUCGGCUUCUCUUUAGUGACAGACCCGGCGUUCCCAACCAGGAGGGGCACAUCUACCACCCGAGACUCUGUACCAGACCUCACCUUCGUCAAGAACGUCGACUUAGUCAAGUGGUCCAACCUGAUGGUCGAUCUCGGCAGCGAUCACUACAUAACUACGACCACCUUUGAGGUUUCGCAGAAAAAGCUUCGGGCCUUCUCGAUUACCGACUGGGACAGGUUCCGCAAAAUCCGCCGUGAACGAGCAGACCAUGGAGAGAAGCCGGAAGGCCUAGAACAAUGGACCGGAUCAAUUAUGCAGGAUGUCCGGGAGUCCACCAAGAUGGUGCAGACAGACUUGCAGACAGAGAAGAUAGACAGCCGACUUGCGCACCUUCUCGAAGCUAAGCAGUCACUCCUCGAGAGAUGGAAGGGCCAGUGCCUCAAUCGCAGGCUCCGGAAGAAAAUUGCCGAGGUCAACAAGGUGAUAGAAGAACACUGCCAAACGCUGUCAAGACAGCAGUGGGAUGAUAUCUGUAAUUCGAUCGAUGGUCAGGUGCGGACGCAGGGCAAGUGGAAUCUUCUAAAACACCUCCUUGACGAGACCGGAACCAAAUCAAAUCAGAGAAGAGUACUGGCCAAGACCCUCCACGAAGCCACGAGGUCAUCAACGGAGAAGGAAGUCCUGGAUUAUCUUGCAAAAAAGUACCUGCCUCUGAAAACGAGCGAUGGCGGCGCCUACACCGAAUACAGUGGGAAACCAAACUCCACUCUGGACGAACCAUUCACCAUCGAGGGGAUCCGGAGAGCUCUACAUGAUCUCAAUGGUAGAUCCACGCCAGGCCCGGAUGGUGUAACAAACAAGGCACUGAGAAACCUCGAUGACGAGUCGGUCGAGUUUCUCGCGGACGAAAUCAACCGUAUAUGGAAGGAGGGCGCAGUCCCUGAGCAGUGGAAGAUUGCGCGGGUCAUCCUCAUUCCUAAGCCCGGCAAGCCACCGAGCUUGGAAAGCCUACGGCCUAUCUCUCUUACAUCCUGUGUGGGGAAGGUGGCAGAGCACGUCAUCCACAACAAAAUCACAGUGUUUAUCGAGGAAAACGAGCUGUUUCCUCACAACAUGGUGGGAUUUAGGCCCGUUCUUUCAACUCAGGACGCUAUGAGGCUCAUCAAGACUCAGAUACUCGACAGUAACACCCGGGACACGAGGGCCAUUCUCGGUCUUGACCUAGAGAAGGCUUUUGAUAAUAUACAUCACUCGUUCAUUCUCGACUCAAUCUCGAACCUAGACCUGGGCGCGGCCUUCCAUGCUUUCGUUCGAUCUUUCCUCGAGGGACGCAGCGCCCUGCUCAAGGUCGGCGAGAUCGGAACGGACAAAAUGGCACUGAGCAAUAGGGGCACCCAGCAAGGGUCCGUGAUUUCACCGCUAUUGUUCAAUAUCGCCAUGGUUGGUCUAUCGGAGGGUCUGGGCAAGAUUCAAGGCAUCGGACAUACUGUGUACGCGGACGACAUAACGAUCUGGUGUGCUGGAGGCAGCGAUGGGCACAUUGAAUCUGCCCUCCAGGAAGCCAUCGACUGUACAGAGUCCUUUCUGCAGGACACGGGCCUCAGGUGCUCGCCGAGUAAAUCAGAGCUGCUUUUGUAUAGACCCAGCAGGAGGGGACGCAAGCCGAAAGACUGGAAGCCCCUGGCAGAGAGUGACAUCAACCUGCAUACGAAGAGUGGGGACAUUAUCCCUAGGGUCGCGUCGAUCCGCAUCCUCGGUAUGAUCGUGGAGUCGUCGGGCACCAAUAGCCAAACGAUCCUCCGGCUCGCAAAAAAGACUGACAGCACCAUCGGCCUUAUCAGGAGGGUCGCCAACAGACGCAGUGGUCUUGCAGAAGACAACCUGGUCAGGCUUAUCCACGCGUUCUUACUGUGCCACUUUACCUGCGUCGCGGCCAUGCAUGUCUGGAGGAGGGCUGAGCGGAUAAAUUAA